UUUACCUACUCCUCUGAUACGUCUAAUCACGAGAACCUCUCUCAUCCUACUCUUUUUCACCCGAUCACUCCUUCUCAAUCUACUCUUUCUUAAUCUACUCCUUCCUACUCCUUCUCACCCGAUCACUCCCGCUCUCACUCAUUAAUUUGUUGGGUCUUCAUCGGCACGGCUCUGCUACAGGUGGAAUAGUCGGCGGCAUGGCGGGCGGGAUGGCGUUUUGUAUGAUCGCUGUUCUCGGUCCGCAGCCGGAUGGCGGUAUCUUCCCUCCCCUCUGCGCCUUUCGAACGGCCAGCAGCGUUUGGUUGGUUUUUUGUAGCUUGCGCCUUUCCGAGGAUCCGUUCCCGAGGCCCUGCUUCGCGUACGGCCCCGUGGCCUUCUAUCUUUCGAUGGCUUGGGCGGUACGGUGGUACAGGCAUUCGGUGAGUGCAGUUAUGGCAUCGGUAGUUGUUACAGUUUGUUUUUGUGGAUUGCUUCGCGAUGUGUGCCAAAAGUAUUCGCUACCGGCGCCAAGGCAUGGCAUUCCAGUUGAAAAUGAUAGAUUGAUUAGUGUUUAUGUUGAAGUUGAGAUUCCUAGAGGUGAAUCUGUUGCCGAGACCAUUAGAUAUUAGGGCAGUCCAUUCUCAGAUGUUGACCAAUCUGAGGAGGAUGCUGCUCGGCGUGUUGUCGCAAAAUUGCGUGACGAGUAUACUUUUGAGAUUAAGGAUGCAAAUUUGGAGGAUAAAAAGUUUUACGAGAAUUUGUAUGCUCAGCUUUCGGUGGACCAUACUGUGAUCCGCGAAAAAUAUAAGCGUCUAAAAACUGACUACAAUUUGUUAAAGGGUUAUUAUAGUGAGCUUAUGUAUGAGAAUGAGCUCUUUGUUGGCGAGAGGCGUGAGCUCAUGGGAAACAUAGAAAAGUGUUCUAAGAUGCUUCGGCAGCCUAGCAUUCAUGGCGUUGGCCCUACGAGCAAUGAGGGGGGGGGUGUCUGAUGAAGACCCGGCGACGCCAUCGGGUUAUAGGGUUUGACGUUGUUUCGUUGUUGCUUUGCUUUGGCAAUCCUCAGAGGUUUUGGGUUUGUCCUUAGAAAAAAUCUCCUACAGUUGCAUAGUAUUUUGGUUUAGUUUUUAGGAGGGCUUUUGUGGAAGAACAUUGUGAAGUUUAUGUUGUAAGUUUUUGUGUGGUGGAAAAAAAGAUUCUUUCUGUACUACUUAAUUAUGUACUUGUCUUUUUGGGUUUGUUUUUUAUGUACUUGUCAUUUUGGGUUUCUUUUUUAAAGACUCUAGGAGAUGGGAGAUUAAGCAGUGUUCCAUUCAGU